GCGCUAGCCGGCGGGGAGUGAGGGCGCAGCGGGCGCGGGGGGCACCUCGGGCGCCGGGAGAUCUCGGCUCUGGCUCCUCCCCGCCGCUCUCCACCUGGGCCCGGCCGCCGCCGCCGCCCCCGCCCCGGGGGCCCAGCCCUCAGCCCCCGAGGCUGCUCCCCCCUCGCCCCACCCUCCCCCAGCCCCUCCCUGGCCGCCACUGCCUCCUCCUCCCCCUCCUUCUUCUUCUUCUCCUCCUCCUCCUCCUCCUCCUCCUGCCAGCCUCAGACGCCCGGACUGCGGGAACCAUGGAAGUCUCUGUAGAGACCACCUUCCAACAGGAAAGGCUUCAGGCCAUUGCGGAGAAAAGAAAGAGGCAAACUGAGAUUGAGAAUAAACGGCGGCAAUUGGAAGAUGACCGGCGGCAGCUGCAGCAUUUAAAGUCCAAGGCCCUUCGGGAGCGAUGGCUGCUGGAGGGGGCCCCCUCCAGCGAUUCCCAGGAGGACGAAGUAAUGAAGAAGCAGAUGCAGGAGGAUGAGCAGAAAGUCAAACAGCUGGAGGAUUCUAUCCUGAGGUUGGAGACUGAGCUAGAGAUUCUGGAAACAGGGGACUCUGUCCCAGCGCCCAGGGAGAAUGUGGUGGUCCCAGCCCAGGCCCCAGCCCCAAGCCCUGUGAAGGAGGAGAGGAAGGAAGAGAAGAUCCUUAAUUCCCAGAAGACCCCAGUGGCCUCACCCAGAGAGAAGAAAGUCACCAGCAGCCCCAUGAAGGUGGUGGAAGGCACUGAGAUGAUGAAGGCAGUGGUUCAUGCAGUGGACGGCACCGCAGAGAAUGGCAUUCACCAGUUGAGCUCCUCUGAGGUAGAUGAGCUGAUCCACAAAGCGGAUGAGGUGACGCUGAGCGAGGUGACAGUGACAGCAGCCCCCGAAGCCCGGGGGACCCCUGAGGUGGCCAGGUCCACCCCCCGACGGGAGAUCACCGGAGUACAGGCACAGCCGGGAGAGGCCUCCUCUACUGAGGCGAGCCAGGAGCAGCCAGUCACCAUGAUCUUCAUGGGCUACCAGAAUGUGGAGGAUGAGGCAGAGACGAAGAAAGUCCUGGGAUUACAAGAUACCAUCAAGGCCGAGCUGGUGGUGAUUGAGGACCCAGCCCCACCCAACGGGAGCGCCCAGGAACCAUCAGCCAGCGCGGUCACCACUGCCCCAGACAGCAAGGAAGAGAACCAGGUUGGGGAAAAGCCCGGCCUCCAAAGCCCUCCAGUAGACGUCACAGCCAGCGCAGACAAAGACCUGGAUAUGAAGAAACAGCGUUGUCGAUGUUGUUCUGUAAUGUGAGGCCCCCAGGGCCCGUUGUCCCCUGGCCCUGACACCGCCUUUGAGCCACUCUGUGCCGUGCCCAUGCUGGCCAUUCUGCCAAGGCCCAGCGUCUUCACACACACACCAGACAGACAGUAGAUACACACACACACCAUACCACACCACACCAAAUUUUAUUGACACGAAGAUCUCUUUAUGAAACAGAAAACAAACCACCUUUAUCCCUGUUUCUCCUGCAACCCUUAACAUACUCUUAAUAGCACCCACACACCCAUACUCAGAAAUAAACACACUUGCACCCCUGUGCACACACCAAACACUGAGAUACACGCAGAUCAAUGCCCCGUCACCCAGACACACUCAGAGAAUGAUGCACAUUCUUCCAGAAACACACAUAUUUGGUCACACUGAGAAAUAUUGUAUGCAGGGACCCAGGAUCAGAUUAUGCAGGCCUACAUCUCAAUAAUCACACACACACACACACACACACACACAAGCACUCCAGAUCCACAGUCAGACAAGCGCAUCCAUAUGGACACACGGACAUUCAGAUAGACAGAGACAUCGAUUCAAGCGACACAUUCAGCCUAGCCGCAGUCCCCUCACUCAUUUACAGACACACAGAUGUACUCUUCCUUCCCUGCCCCCCCUUCUUAACCAAGGAUGAGAACUGUGCGGUUUGUAAAGGGUUCACAGCCCCACCUUGCUGAUGGAGCAGCGUCAGCCCUCCCAAAUCCCUGCCUUCAGCCCGAGCCCACUUCCCACCCUGGCAUGGUGGGCUGUGGGGAAUGCGAGCCUGCAGAUGGAGUCCACGAAGUCUCCUUUUCUAUCCUGAAGUGUGGUCUGGUGGAAGGAGUGCUGGAUUCAAGGCAGAGGGCCCAGGUUCAAAGCCCAGCUCUGCUACUUAGUGUCUGUGACCACAGGAAGGUCACUUCUCUCCGGUUCAGUUCCCUCAUCUGUAAAAUGAGGCUGUUGGAUAAGAUGGCCUCGAGGCCCCUUCCAGCUCUAGAUCUUUGGUCCUGUCCUUUGAAGAGGAUGGAUGGGUUGAGUUUCUGGCCCCGUUCUCCCACUUGUCUUUUGGAGGUGAGGGAUGUUCUCGAAGCAUUGAGCUGGACCUGAGUGGUGGCCCCCGGAGGGGUGGCCCCCUAGGAGGCAGCCCCAUUGGGAUUCUGCACCUCCCUGGCUCUGUGCCUGUGAAUGAAUUAGGAACUUCCCAGUGUGGGUGUUUCCUCCCCAGCUCUCCCUAGGAGCUAGUUUUACUCGGUCCUGCUUGCGCGUGGUGACUCAAAAACCAGAACUUUCCUCCUUUCUGGCGCUUGUGAACCUGGAACCAGCCGAAGAAGGGGAGGUAGCGAUGGAGAACCAGAACUGGACUUAUGAGACUGUAUGGAUGUGGCCUCAGCCCUGGGGUGGGAGUGGCCAGGGAGAGGGUUCUUCCCCAGAAACACUCCUGGCAUGAAUGAUGGGGUUUGGUUCAGUGAAAACUGGGCCUCCUUUCCUCACCCUCAGCAGAAAGACUCCAAAGCCCUUGCUGUCUUGAGUUUUGCUUGGUAAAUUUUUGCUCUAGAAUGUAGGGACAUUGUUGGAGAUGCUGCUGUGAACUCUCAGGCCCUCUUCAGGUACAGAGCCCAGGUCUAGAACCUGCUGGUGAGUCUAGAUCUCCAUAUGGGAGUUACACUCUCCAAAGGCCUAGGAGCCUUCCAGGGCUAGGCUGUUGAGAUGGUCAGUCUGGACCAAACCUGCCCUCAGAUGCUAGGCCCCUCCCCCCCCCGGGACCAGAUUAGGGUGAGCCAGAUGCAGUUGGAACAUGGGGUGGCAAGGGGCAGGGCCCUCUUCCCACCUAUGGGCAGCAGGUACCCCUACAGAACCACAGCAAUGGCUCUUGGAGAUCCUUGAAACCCCUUCCUCUAGAGGAGGGGAGUACAGUUGCAGAAAGGUUGGGUGAGUUCCCAGGCACUCAACCUCACCUGAGGCAGAGCCAAGGCUGUCUGUGGUUGUGGGUACCCCUAGCAUGCUUCUUCCUAGCUGAUCAUGCUCCCUCCCCACUUUGAUCCCCUGGGCCUUCUCCAUCUGGUGCUUCUCUCUUUGGCUGAGCCAGGCCCGGGGUAGGAGGGGACUUGAUCUGGAGCUGCCAAGAGACUCCCCUCUCCCUCUCCUAUGCCAUCUUCUCCUGUCUGCUUUGCUGGCCAAUUUUGCUUUGGUGGGGAACAAAAGGAUGCACCCUUGUCCCUAGCCCAGGAUAGUCUAGAAAGACCCAAAGUCUUGGAGCUGGGCCCUUACUUCAAGGGACAAGGGCUACAUACAGGCCCCAGGCCCAGGUGUGGAAGCUGGGUUCUUUGUGAGCCCCUCCCUCUGGAGCAGCCUGGCCCACUUCCUCUUCUUGCUGAACAGAGGCUAGCUUUCACUGGUCUUGCUUCAGAUCAGGGUUUGGUCUAUGAUGGCCUGUCCUGGCUGGCCUGUGAUCGUUCCUUUAGUGAACCAAGGAGUUUUGGGACAAAGACUCCCCGCCCCUGCGAAUGCUCAAGUUACCCCUACCAGAAAGAACAUUGCUUUCACACCCAUGACCCCAUGGUCCAGUAGUCCCCAAUUUUGUGAAUUCUAAAAGCUACAGACUAACGAGCUAGAUGCCAGUGCCCAGGAAAAUUGUAUUCUAGGGGGUUUGGAAGUAUUUAGAAAGGGAAGUAAAUGGUGAUCACUAGAAGCCAGCAUGAGUCCACUAAGACGAAGCCCUGCCAACCUCUCCUUUUUUGACAGGGUUAUUGGACUGGUAGGUCACAGAAGGUUAGAGGCCAUCAUUAACCACAUGGGUUUUGGCAGUCCUGACUGGUGUCCCAUGUGGUAUGAAUAGAGUUAAUGUAAGGAUUUCAAUGCUAGUGAUAUUUUUCCCUCCAAAAUAUUAAAUAUGAAAUUAUGUAUGUACCCGGGAUACUUGUGUGGCAGUUUUUCAGUAUGAAAAUAGACAUGAUUUCCUCUUAUUUUGAUCUAACAUAUCCCUGACUGCUGCCACCCCUCCCUCUAAUUCUGGAUGUAUGUGCUAGAAAUAUCCCCCUCAACUGCUUGGAGCCAUCUCUAACCCAAAGUUGUCUGUGGUAAUGAUUUUGGGUGCCCUCUUCACACACAUGAUGUAUACACAUACAUGCACGCGUGCACACACUUUCCUGUCUCCCAAUCUAUGUUGGCUUUGAAUUCCCAAGACCUCUCCCCACCCCCCAGCUCAGUGCCAUGAGCCAGACCCCAUGGGCCAUGUCUUGAAACAGACCCCUGGGGCCCAGUGGGGGUGAGCUCCCUCCAGGCCAGCCUGGCCAGGCAGGUCCCUGCCCUCGCCCCUGGUAUGGGAGGGGUACGGCACCCCCACAAUGCCUUUCCACUAGUCCAUGUUGGCCCAGAGACCCGAGCAGGGAGGGAAGGUGUGGGCACCUUUAUACCUCCCUCCUUUGUUUAUUAUGUCAUUAAAGCUGAUUGUCCCCCUACCCAAAGUCUGCCCCAACUCUGUGCCUCCCAUAAGUGUCCUUCCUUCUCUCUGCCCUCUUUCAGUGAAAAGGCCCUUAUGAGUUCCACUCACUGUUUGUACCGACAAAACUACCCCACAAAACUCUCCUCCCUCCCCCUUUGGAGAUGCAAAUAAACAGUGUGAACAGCCUGCCCCUA